UUAUAUAAAUAUAUGAGUUUGAUUUGUUUUUAACAUCAAUAUCAUAUAUAUAUAAAUAACUAAUUUUUGUUACAUUCUCUUGAUUUUUAUAUUUUUAAUUUAUGGCACGGAAAGUGUUCGAUGAAUUGCCAAGCUGACAUUUUAUAUUUAUCUUUUCCUCUCUUUCCUAAUUGUGGAAUCUAAACGCUUUAUAAACGACAAAAAUAGAAAGUUUCCUCUAUAAAUAGUAAAGAACAUAGGAAAAAAAAAUGGUAAUGGAAGCGACAAGAAGAAUGAGUUUCUCUCCUAAUCCUCUCUCGCUAACCGUACCAGACUCUGUUCUAGAAUCCGGCUAUCAUGACCUUCUUGACCACCGUAUCUCCGCCGUCUCACCAAUGUUACCAUCCUCCUCCUCCUCUGCCACUGAAGCUAAACCUCCUACGGCUCUGUCGACUCAGCUCGUCGCUGUCUUCUGUCUUCUAACAAUCAACCCUUUCUCGAAGCUCUCAGCCGAUGAUUUCUCCGGAGAUACGCUGACAUGGACAACCAGUUUCUUCGGCGACUCUGACUCUUAUUCGUUCCCGUCGUCUUCUCAUGAAGCUAGAAACAGAGUCCAUGAGAAUGUCAAGAGAUUCGCUAGGAACUACGUAACACUCUUCAUCCUCUUCUUCACUUACGAACUGUAUGCAUCUAUCUAUAAAGGCCAUGUUCGUUUGCUCACCCAGGUGAUCCAUCUGGGUGAAGAUGCAAAUCGAUGUUCGUUUUGUGCAUUAUAAUGCUACAUCCAGAUGGAUCACCCAGCU